ACCACCUCUUUAGGUUGGCGCUCUCAAAAGCUGUCUGCGUCUCCUCCUCCAAUCUCUCUCUUUCUUUCUCCAUCAUGCCACCUUCCUUGGCGCUCACAACUCUCUCCAUUCCCCUUCUGCAAUUGCAUAACACGGGCUGCAAUGAGUUCGCGUACUUGAGAAAUUCCUGGGUUCCAAUUUCAUCGCCUAAGCUCACCCAAAUUUCUCUGAAUCAGAAGAACCGGUUUCGACAUUUCUCGUCAGCCAAUGGCAACAACAAUGAUUGUGGUUUGUCGGGUGCUGACAGCUUCUCUGCUGAAUCUGAAGGUUCAGUUGGAAAGAGUGAUAGUGGACAAGGAGUACCUUUCACAUCCAACGAGAUUUUGAAGAAAUUGAGGAGAUACGGAAUUUCUGGGUUUUUGUCAUAUGGGCUAUUGAAUACUGCUUACUAUCUUACGACAUUUCUCUUGGUAUGGUUCUAUGUUGCUCCAGCACCGGGGAGGAUGGGUUACCUCGCAGCUGUUAAGAGAUUCCUUAAAGUAAUGGCCAUGGUGUGGGCUGGAAGCCAGGUUACAAAGCUUGUACGAGCUGGAGGGGCCCUUGCUCUUGCUCCUUUUGUGGACAAGGGACUGUCAUGGUUCACGGUCAAGUUCCAUUUCAAGUCUCAGGGCAAGGCUUUCGCGGCGAUUGUUGGAUUUUGCUUUGGACUAGCCCUCGUUUUGUUUUUCGUGGUGACGCUGCUUUGGGCCUAACGUUGUUUCUGUGUGUCUGUUCUGACCGGAUUGUAACUUGCAAGGGAGCUAGGGAAGUCCCUCUUAUACGUACCGGAAUCUCUAGAUUAGCUUUCCAUAUUCAUUUUUGUUCCUUAGUUUCUUGUUCAACUAGAGGGCUCCUAUCAAUUUUGAAUUUUUUUUUCCUGAUCAAUUGAUUGUACUUACCAUAACGAGUGUCGAAUUACGUAUAGUACUUUUUUUUUUUGAGUAAUAGUCUAAUAUAAUUUAAACUACGGUACGGAGAACAAAA